AUGGAUUUGAGAGGCUGAAGGGAUAAGGAAGUGAGGGAGUCUAGAUACUGAGCUCUCAAGCCUAGGUGUGAAACCGGGUGAGAAGUUUGGGCUUGUUUUAGGCUAUGCCGAGUUUAAGUUCACGGUCUGGGGGAUCAGAGCUGGUGGGUAAGGCUGAAGGUGAGAGCAGGAUGAGGGUUUGGAAGCCCUUGCCUAGAAGGAGGCAGUUUUUUGAGACAGCGUAGGGCAGCGCAAACCUCCAGGAUCACAGGGCUGCAGUCUUCUCCUUUCGGAGACCCCAUUGCAGAGAAGAGCGAAACCAGGGGCGGGGUGGGGAUGGUAGUGGUCUCUUCCAGUUCUUGAAGAGAACGUCCCGUAGGCAGGAGGGACGGGUCUUGGAGCACUCAAUCUCCAGGCUUGGGAGGCCCCCAGCAAUUCGAACGCGGAGGGCUAUGCCGCCACCGCGAGCCCAGUCGCCCGAUACGCGCCUUGGGGUCCGGGUCCCCUGGCCGGAAACUGAGCCGUUUACUUCCGCCACCAGCCGGAAGUUUUCUGUCGUCACUGGACACCAAGGAGUUUUCGGUGGCUCAGCUGGGUAACCGGGGCUCACCAUGGCGGCCUCAUUGGUGGGGAAGAAGAUCGUGUUUGUCACGGGGAACGCCAAGAAGCUGGAGGAGGUCAUUCAGAUUCUAGGAGAUAAGUUUCCAUGCACUUUGGUGGCACAGAAAAUUGACCUGCCGGAGUACCAGGGGGAGCCGGAUGAGAUUUCCAUACAGAAAUGUCAGGAGGCAGCUCGCCAGGUACAGGGGCCUGUGCUGGUUGAAGACACCUGUCUGUGCUACAACGCCCUUGGAGGGCUCCCCGGCCCCUACAUAAAGUGGUUUCUGGAGAAGUUAAAGCCUGAAGAGGUGAAGUCUCACUAUGUUGCCCUGGCUGGUCUCAAACUCCUGAGCUCAAGUGACCCACCCACCUUGGCCUCCCAAAGUGUUGGGAUUACAGGUCUCCACCAGCUCCUGGCUGGGUUCGAGGACAAGUCAGCCUACGCGCUCUGCACGUUUGCACUCAGCACCGGGGACCCAAGCCAGCCCGUGCGCCUGUUCAGGGGCCGGACUUCGGGCCAGAUCGUGGCACCCAGAGGCUGCCGGGACUUUGGCUGGGACCCCUGCUUUCAGCCUGAUGGAUAUGAGCAGACGUACGCAGAGAUGCCUAAGGCGGAGAAGAACGCCGUCUCCCAUCGCUUCCAGGCCCUGCUGGAGCUGCAGGAGUACUUUGGCAGCUUGACUUCUGCGGCUGGGGGAGGCCUUUCAGGCCAGGGAUCUGGGGAGGGCUAGCCUGAAACCUCCUGCAUCAGGCAGGCACCCCUGGAAGUACUUCCUUUAGGGUUUCCCCUUCCUGGGGGUGUCAAGUAGCCUCACCAGCCUGUCUGGAGGAGCAGAUGGCUCUGCUCUGAGAAACUCUGGGCAAGUGGAUGCCAUUCUCUUGCCCUUAGGAUUCACUGCUCUCUCCUACAACCUCCAGGCCUGGGAUCCUGAAAGGACCUUGGGUGGUAAAGCUGGACUUGGUGGGAGUGAGGGCUUGGGGAGGAACCAUGCAAAUCACCUCCCAUGUUUUUUAAAUGCAAUAAAUAACACUUCUGGAUGAGACUUGUUUCCAAAAUAAACCAGCUAUAUCUGUUUUGAA